AAUUUAAUUAAAGUAUUGCGUAAACGAAGAUCAAAACAGUAGUUAAACAUGUCGAAAUUAUUGGGUGUUCCCCUUAAGAAACCAGCAGAGGUGGAUAUUGAGAAGCCCCUCAACAAUCUCAUCCAAUCAACAUACAGUGGUGCAUCGGCCGAAGCAAAAGAAUCCUAUAAAGCUGCUGUUCAACAAUUUGCCCGGCAGCGUAAUUCGGCCAUUUGGAAGUUUUUCGAGAAAUAUGAAUCCUCAUUGGAGAUAGUUUAUGCUUACUAUGACCAGAUUUCGGCUUUGGAAACCAAAAUACCAGUCAAUGAAUUACAAAUACCAUUUAAAUGGAAGGAUGCUUUCGAUAAGGGUACCAUCUUUGGCGGUCGUAUCAGCCUAACUCAUACCUCUCUGUCUUAUGAAAAAGUAUGUGUUCUAUUCAAUAUUGCGGCUUUGCAAUCGCAUGUUGCUGCCAUGCAACCAAUGGACAGUGAUGAAGGUUUAAAACUGGCCAUAAAAUUGUUCCAACAAAGUGCCGGUAUAUUCCAGUAUUUAAAGGGAGCUGUUCCAGCGGCUGUUCCUUCGGAGCCAACACCAGAUUUAAAUCAGGAUACAUUGACAGUAUUGCAAGCUUUGAUGGUAUCACAGGCUCAGGAAGUUUUCGUUAUGAAGGCAAUAAAGGAAAACAUGAAAGAGAACAUUAUUGCUAAACUUUGCUGCCAAUGUGAAGAAUUCUAUGCCGAUGUUUUGCGUGCCAUGCAAAAAGAAUCUGUACGUAAUCUCUGGGAAAAAGAGUGGAUACCAACAAUUGCCGGCAAACAAGCUGGUUUCCAUGCACUAACACAACUCUAUCAAAGUUUAAGCUGUCGCGCUGCAAAGAAAAUUGGUGAAGAAAUAUCUCGUCUACGCAAUGCUGUCGAUCUUUUUAAGGCAGCACAAACACGUUCUGGCAAUCCCACCUAUUUGGAUGAAUAUUUCAACAAGGCCAAACGAAAUUUGGCCGAAUCUGUUAAAGACAAUGAUUUAAUUUAUAACGAAAUGAUACCAGACGUUACUACCCUGCAGCCGACGGGUAAAGCUCAAUUGGCCAAACCAUUGCCAAUUGCAUCACCAAUGGCUAAAGACUUUGAUGAUGUUUUCAAGGGUUUGGUACCCGUUGAGCUGCAUCGUGCCAUGCAAGCAUCGGAUAUGCGUAAAAAUGAAAUUGUAAAUACUGAAAUUAUGAAACUUCGCGAUGCUACGCAAACGUUGAAUGUUGUAUUGGCUAGCUUGAAUCUUCCGGCAGCGGUAGAGACCACUGACGGCGGAUCUUGUGUGCCACCAUCUUUGAUUGAGAAAGCAAACGAAGUACGCGAGAAGGGAGGCAUUGAUGCACUGAAUGCCCACUUGAAAGAACUACCCGAAUUGCUUAAUCGCAAUCGUGAGAUCUUGGACGAAACCGAAAGAAUGUUGGAUGAAGAGCGUGAUUCGGAUAAUCAAUUGCGUUCUCAAUUCAAAGAGAAAUGGACACGCAUUGCUUCGGAUAAACUAACCGAAAUGUUCCGCACCAAUGCCAAAAAGUAUCGUGAAGUAAUAAAUAACGCAGUGGCAGCGGAUAAAAUUGUUCGCGAACGUUUUGAAAAGAACCAAAAAGGUAUUGAACUGCUGUCAUUGCCCAUUGAUCAGUUGCAACAGGCAAUGCCUGCAUCUGGCGGUUCGGUGGAUCCCAACUGUGCCAGUGUCCAAAAAUUGAAGCAACUAAUGGAAGCUGUGGAAACCAUUAAAGCUGAACGUGAUGUCAUCGAAUCCGAACUCAAGUCGGCCACAUUCGAUAUGAAAAAUGAAUUCUUGGAGGCUUUGCGCAAGGAUGGAGCCAUCGAUGAGCCAGCCUUGUCAUUAAAACGUAUUGGUGAAACAUUGCAACCUUUGCAACAGCAAAUAAAGGAUAGCAUUGAACGUCAACAGGCAUUGGUAUCCGACAUACAAAUUGCUCACAGUGAAUUUGUUUCCGAAACCGGCACCAGUAGCACAUCAAGAGAUGCCCUCUGUCAAGAAUUGGCCACAGCCUAUGAUAGUUUUAUUAUACUUUUGGGUAAUCUGAAAGAGGGUACCAAAUUCUAUAAUGAUUUGACGGAAUUGUUGGUGGUAUUCCAAAAUAAGAUAUCCGAUUUCUGUUUUGCACGUAAAACUGAAAAGGAGGAAUUGCUUAAGGAUUUGACAACGGAGUCGAGUCGGCAGGCUGCUGGGCCAACACCAACAUUGCCAUCACAUUAUGCAUCAACAUCGGGCAGUGGUAGUGAUCUUCCAUCAUCUUCGUCUCCACCAUCAACAGCACCAUCAGGAAAUGUGCCUUAUCCACAGGCAGUGCAAGGUAUGCCCAUGCCUUAUGGUGCCACAGCUAACGUACCAUAUCCAGCGUAUGUGCCACCUCCAAUGCCGCAAGGUUUUAAUCCCUAUGCAACAUUACCCUAUCCUGGCAGUUAUCAAUAUCCAGGAUUUCCUCAGGGUCCACCACCUGGCCACUAUGGCACCUAUCCCGGCAGUUUUUCUUCUCAACAACAGGGUGGCUAUCCAAAUCAAAAACCACCAGGUUGGUAAAUCAAGCAU